AUGAAGUUCUCUCGCGUGGUUUCUGGUUUGGCAGUAUGUAGCUUUGCUGCAUGCGAGUCUUCCAUGGAACUCUUGGAAUCGCUUCGCGAAAUCCCGCAAGGUUGGGCUCAACUCGAGAAACCUCGCCCAUAUAAAACGAUCAAGCUUCGAAUUGCUUUGGAACAACCAGAUCAUGAACUUUUCGAGCAGAAGCUUUAUGCCGUCUCAUCACCUGAUCACGUCGAAUAUGGUCAACAUCUUGAGCGUGAAGAGCUUAAACGAUUCAUCAAGCCAGCUGAUCAGACUACUCAGGCCGUUUUAUCAUGGUUGGAGAAAUCUGGUAUCUCCGAGUCGAACAUCCACAAUGAUGGAGAAUGGAUCAACUUCCGUACUUCAAUUAAGCAAGCGGAGGAUAUGUUGAAUACCACAUUCCAUUACUAUGCUCAUCAAGAUCAGAAGCACAAUAAGCAAAUUCGAACAUUGGGAUAUUCCAUUCCAAAGGAGGUUUCGCGUCACAUCACAAUGAUUCAACCUACAACCAGGUUUGGUCAAAUUAGAGCGCAACGCAGCCAAGUAUUCCGUGAGGAUUUUGGUGCUCUUUCUUUGCCAACACUCAAUACUACUGCCUGCAAUGUUACAAUCACUCCUCAAUGUCUUCGAGAUCUUUACAACAUCGGCAACUACACUGCUAAGGCAAAUCCCGAGUCACGUCUAGGAGUCGCUGGAUACCUUGGUCAAUGGGCAAAGUAUGACGGUUUAGAAGCUUUCUUGGAGAAAUAUGCUCCAUAUGCUGUUAGCCAAAACUUCUCUUAUGCACUCAUCAAUGGAGGUUUGGAUACACAAAACUCAACAAACAACGAUGGAGAAGCGAAUUUGGAUAUUCAAUAUGUUGCUGCCAUGGGUUUCGAUACCAAUAUUACUUACUACAGUACCGGUGGUCUAGGAGUUCUCGUUCCAGAUCUCGAUCAACCAUCAUUAGACGACAAUCAAAAUGAACCAUAUUUGGACUACCUUAACUACAUGUUGAGUCUCCCCAACAACCAAUUGCCACAAACAAUCACAACUUCAUACGGAGAAGAUGAACAAUCUGUUCCAGAGGCUUACUCUAAAACCGUAUGCAAGAUGUUCGGUCAAUUAGGUAUGAGAGGUGUAUCUAUCCUCUUCUCCUCUGGAGAUACCGGUGUAGGAUCGGCUUGCCAAACUAAUGAUGGAAAAAAUACUACGCGAUUUUUACCUAUUUUCCCAGCCGCUUGUCCUUAUGUGACUUCAGUAGGAGGAACUAGAUACGUGGAACCAGAGGCAGCAGUUUCUUUCUCUUCGGGUGGCUUCAGUGAUAGAUGGCCUCGUCCUUCGUAUCAAGAUGAUGCUGUCAAGGGAUACUUGAAGAUUUUGGGUUCUAGAUGGAAGGGUCUUUACAAUCCUAAGGGCCGUGGUUUCCCAGAUGUUGCCGCACAAGGUGUUAGAUUCCAUGUUGUGGAUGUUGAUUCUAUCACCGGAGUUGCACAAGAUCAAUUACUUUCUGGGACUAGCGCAUCCGCCCCAGCUUUCGCAGGUAUCAUCUCCCUCCUCAACAAUGCCCGUCUGAAUGCCGGUCGUAAACCACUCGGUUUCCUCAACCCUUGGCUCUACUCAAUCGGGAAGAAAGGUCUUACCGAUAUUGUUCACGGAGGCAGCACCGGAUGCACGGGAAUCGAUGUGUACUCUGGCUUACCAACUCCAUUCGUACCAUAUGCUAGUUGGAAUGCGACAAAGGGAUGGGAUCCAGUGACUGGAUUAGGAACUCCAGAUUUCAAAACUUUGUUGAAGUUGGUUAAUAAAAAGGACUAA